GGAAAGGAGAUAACCAUCGUUGUUCUUCUAUAUUUUCGUUUCCAGCGAUCCAACUUUAUCUAUCUGUUCGAUCGAAAACCUAAACAGCCGAAUCAAAAUCUAUAAUUCGUAGAUAUCUCUCUCUCUAUCUUUCAACAAAAUAUCAGCUCUUUCGCCAUGUCUCAGGUUGAUAAUAGGAAUUCCUCUGCAACUAAGCGAGCUAGGACUGAUGGUGGACGCAGGGAAGAUGACUGGACCUGUCCCAGCUGUGGGAAUGUCAAUUUCUCAUUUAGGACAACAUGCAAUAUGCGCAAUUGCACCCAGUCUAGGCCAGCUGACCACAACUUAAAAUCUGCGGCUAAGCCUAUGCAAGCUCCACACUUCUCUCCGUCGAGUCCUUAUGCAGGAAUUGGUGCAGCUCCUUCAAUGUAUGUGGGUGUGCCACCUUAUGGAUCUUCAAUGUACACUGGUUCUCCACUGCCUCUUUAUGAUAUUCCCUUUGCUGGAGGUUCAGCAUAUCCUUACAACUACGGAGAUCGUUUUUCUGGAGGCAGCCCCUAUAGGCCUUUGCCUUUAUCGGGGCCCUCACUGUACUCUAGGGGUUCCAUGAUUGCAAAUGGUGGGAUGUAUGGACUACCACCUCUGAUAGAUCGAUAUAGCCUGGGUAUGCCCAUGGGCCCUGUUGGAAUGGGUCCAAGGCCUUUACUUUAUCCAGAUGAUAUGCAUCAUAAGAAAGAUGCUACCCGUGAUAAUGACUGGGAAUGUCCCAAGUGUGGCAAUGUGAACUUCUCUUUUAGAACUGUUUGUAAUAUGAGGAAGUGCAAUACUGCAAAGCCUGGAUCUCAGGCUGCUAAAUCUGAUAGAAAUUCUAAACAGAAGAUGCCUGAGGGAAGCUGGAAAUGUGACAAAUGCAAUAAUAUCAAUUUUCCUUUUAGAACCAAAUGUAACAGACAGAACUGUGGUGCUGAGAGAGCCUCUGAGGAAAAGGAAUCUCUUUCAGGAAGUGAUGGAAAUGGCCAGUGAGUACUAGGAAUGUUUGGGGGGUUCAGAAGGUUCAGGUCUGUCGUCCAGCAUUGCUCAGUAAGGUUGUCAAAGUCAGUAAAGUCGCAGCGGUUGUCCAGUAAUCCAUCUUCUCGUUAUUUGUGUCCAGUUGUUUCAACUUGAAUGGUGUUUGGUCUAUGUGAACUAUUGUUUUGAUGCAGUGUGUCUAACCAGGUGUCUGUCUGGCUAGAUGUUUCAGUAGGUUCUUGAAUGGUAUCUGUUUUAGAGUCUAUUUUACUUGAUCAUUUGUUUUUCGUGGGUUCUGGGUCCAGUCUUAGAAUACAAGGUCUAUCAUCUAUUCUGCAUUUUUGGUCUUAAACCUUAAUUAGGACAUCUUUGUGAAAACUUCUUUCAUUUUUGAUUGUUUAUAUUAUGUAGACUGUAACAAAUAAAUGUCUAAGUAAGGGUUUAGUGCUGGUCCAUUAAGUGAACAACAACAAUCUUUACCUUGUCUU